AUGUUAUUCUUGUGCGACGUAACGACAGGGGCCCUGCUUCAGAUGCCUUCAGAAUCACAAGCAAAAUUGUCACUUCCUGCUUCUCUGUGGCAGAUGUCGGUGACGGUGGAGGGCGUGGAGGGCGACACGGCCGCCGUGCCCUGCGACCUCUUCCCGUCGGACCCCAAGGACAGAGUCAACCUCAUUCUCUGGUAUAAAGACGAAGAUAAGGAUCCCAUUUAUAGUUACGACGCCCGAAUGGCGGUGUUUACGAGUGAGCGGCAUCACUUGAAGGACCUCAGCCUCAAGGGACGCGUGUCUUUCACUCCAUCUCCAGGAGAGCCCAUCCCGCACACUCUAACACUCAGUCGACUUGUCGCCAGUGAUGCCGGGCGAUACACCUGUCGAGUCGACUUCAUGCUUGCUCAGUCCACCACCCGCGCCGCCCAGCUGAGGGUGGUGGCUCCGGUGGACUUGCUGAUCAUCACCGACGGAAUGGGCCACCCCGUGCCGCCCGUCCUGCCUCCAAUUCCAGAGGGGGGAACGCUCAAUAUCACGUGUACAGCGCGAGGAGGCCGGCCCUCGCCCAAGGUGUCCUGGUGGUUCGGCGACGCCGUCAUCGACGACUCGUGGGAAUCCGUGGCAGCGGGCGUCGUGUCCAACACGCUGGUGCUGACGCCCCUGACACGCGCGCAGGCACAUUCCGUUCUCACCUGCAAGGCCGCCACCGCGCCCGUGGCCGUCACCACCGCCACGGUCACCAUUGACAUGUACCUAAGACCGGUGUCGGUGACCAUCACCGGUCCUGCUGCGACCGGGUCGGUCCGGGCCGGGGACAUGCUGGACCUGACCUGCACGGCGCGAGGGUCAAGGCCGCAGCCCAUCAUCACCUGGUACAAGGGCGCGACGCUCAUCCGCACCGAGAACACGAACACGGUGAGUGCUGACGGCGGCCGGCCCGCGCUCGGCCUCCGGGGGCGAAGGAACAGAACCGGGCAGCGAUCACAGCUCGACCUUAUGAUCCCUGCCCGGCUCGACCCAGCGACUGAUGGGAAGGAGCUGCUCGACAUAAUGGCUCCAGCGACACUAAUUGGUCCGCGAGGGAGACUGCUGGAAUACCUUCACCUGGCCAACGCCAAGGGCUGGUCCCGGGAAUCGAGAGCCUCUUGUUUAAACGCUAAGGACGCCGUGACGGGCGUGGGCGGCGUGAGUCACGUGAGGGUGAAGGUGGACCGGCGAGACAACGGGGCGAGGAUCACGUGCCGAGCCACGAACCCUGACCUUCCGCGUCACAACAUUCAUGAACACAUCGUCAUCAACGUUACCUACGCCCCAGAGGUGGAGCUCCGCAUGGGGGCGCAGCUGGACGGCACGGUGAUCAAAGAGGGCGCUAGUCUUUACCUGACGUGCCACGUGGACGCCAACCCUCCUCCACACCCGGUCACUUUCAUGCACGAGGACACAGAAGUUCGCCAGGACAAGGCCGCGGGAGUGAGGAUCAAUGGGAAUAAUUUGGUGCUCAGUAAAGUCAGAAAAACUCAAGCUGGACAUUACUACUGCAAGGCGACAAAUUCUGAGGGAAAUGGUGUGAGCCUGCCUGUGAAUAUAACCGUGCGCUAUGCCCCCGUGUGCGCCGAGGCCAAGGACGUGUGGGCGGAGCCGGGCAACACGGUGACCGCCCGCUGCCGCGUCAACGCCUCGCCGGAGGACUCGAUCUCGUUCUCGUGGGUGUGGGUCACCAACUCGUACACGCGCCGCGUCAUCCCCUCGCACAUCACCUCCGAGGGCUCGGCGUCCAUGGUGGAGUUCACGGUGCCGCGGGACAACAUCACGGAGCUGGGAUCCAACAACAGGAUGGGUGCCCUGCAGUGCUGGGCCGAGAACUCCGUGGGCCGCCAGGACACGCCCUGCAUCGUCGCCGUCAGGAAGCCAGCCCUGCCGUCGGCCCCGGUGAACUGCAGCCUGACGGGCGCGGGGCGCGAGGUGGUCACCGUGAACUGCGAGCCGGGCGACCACCCGUCCAUGCCGCAGACCUACCUGCUGCAGAUCUACGAGACCAACACCAAGAAGCUCUACCGCAACGUCACCAGCAAAACGCCCAAAGGCACAGUUGAAGAAGCGAUGCAUUCGAUUUCCCCGUACAGUAGAUUGGAAAUGGCAUUCCAGGAUCAAAGAGCAACUUCGGUACUCUCGCCAGGACUCCUGAAACCCAGAAAGUACUCCGCUCGCAGUUGUUUCAACGGGCCCGCUAGGACUGGGCUUUUCACUCUACUGAUAAGUAUAAGCAAUGCUCUAAUCGUCUCAUCCAGGGGAAGCCUAAAGAAGCCCUCCUCCACCGCCAGGUUCAUCGUCCGCGGACUCACCUCCGGCCAGGACUACAUGGUGUACGUCUCAUCCCACACGUCCUACGGCAGGAGCCCCUACAGCCUCGUGGAAGCCUUCACCUUCAAGACCGCAGAGAACCGUAUGCGUGAGUUCCCUUCAGGUGUUGCAGGAAGCAAGGACUCCAUGCCGCCUCUGUCCACCAUCAUCAUGUUCGUGUGCGGCGUCGGGGCCAUCGUCGUCCUGGUCAUCAUCAUCAUCACCGUCAUCAGACUCAAGCUCAGGAAGCGAAGCCACAAGUGCGUGCGACGGACGGCCACGGCUACGGACUCCGAGAUCCCCAAGAACCUGAUUUCCGGUGAUAAGAAGUCCCCCGAGGCCAAGGAGGGACCCGCGGGCCCUGGGCUGGCGAAGCCCUCCCAGCGGCCGACGAAGACCCUGCCUGAGACGAAGGAGGUCGUGCCCUUGCAGCCGAUAAUCAGGCAGCCCUCGAGGCCCCUGCAGCCAAUUAUUAAAGAAAACGGCCGGUCUGACAACGGAAAGAGCUCUCAGGGCCGGACCGUGCUGUUCGUUGAGCCGCCCAAGACGCAGACGGGCAUUCUCGUCAACAAGAACGAGGUUCCACGAAACACGUACGAUGCGUACUCAAGUCGCCGGGGGCAGAUGAAGGGCCCGAACGGGGACGUCCAGCACGGCGUGUACAGUUCGCGGGGAUCCUACUCCGACAACCUUCACACUCUGCACCCCAGCCGAGGCGGCGACGGCAUGGGCUACGUCGACCGGGAGCCGCCCAUGAGCAGGUAUCGGUCCACGCUCGACGACCGGGGCGACGCCGUGGACAUGAUGGACCCGCAGUACUCACCCAGUUCUUCCAACACACUCAGUAGGGACUCCGGCUACUGCUCCCUGCGCGGCACGCACAGAGGGAGCACGGGCGCCAUCGCCACGUCGCCGUACGCUUCCAGAGAGCACAGCAGGGACCUCAUUAGGGACCAUUCCAGGGAUCUCGGUAGGGAUCAUCCCAGGGACCUCAGUAGGGACCAUAGCAGGGACCUUACUAGGGACCACAGCAGGGACUUAGGUAGGGACCUUAGCAGGGAUCACAGUCGGGACCUUAACAGGGACCUUAGUAGGGACCUUAGUAGGGAACAUAGCAGAGACCAUAGUAGAAGUCACAGCAGGGACCUAAGCAGGGAUCACCCGAGGGACCUAAGCAGGGACCUUAGCAGGGAUCAUAGCAGAGACCUAGGCAGAGAGCAUAGCAGAGAACUGGGCAGGGACCUUAGUAGGGACUUCAGUAGGGACAUGGUUAGGGAUCACAGCAGAGAGCUGGGCCGGGACAUCAGCCGGGAUCACAGCCGCGACCUAGGCAGGGACCAGGGCCACGUCUUCACCUUCCCCUCCCGCGUGAACAGCAACGAGUACGAUUCCAUGAUAACGCGCUCGCCUCCGCCGGCUUCCUUCAUGAAGAAAUCCCCCAGCGUGAGUGCCUCGGUUGGCCGGCACUACGACUUCCCCCCCCGCGGCCCCGAGAGUGGCACCUACCGCUCCCUGCCGCGGCCCAGCAAGCCUAGGGGCACCGAGGCGGAGACGCUGCUGAAGUACCGCUCUCUGGACAGACGCUUCGACCUGCCCUUCAGUGGGUCCCUGCAGAGGGUGGAGCCCGACUCCGGGGAGGAGACGCCGCCGCAGCAGCGUCGCUACAGCGGGUCCCCGCGCCUGCGGUUCGCGGACGAGAAGCACUUCCACGUGUAUCACGACAAAGAAAAAAAACAAGACGGCAUAGAUGAUAUGGACGAAAGUUUUGUAUGA